AUGGGCGAGUCAGCCAACACGAAGCGCAAUCUUAUCAUUGUUUCCAACCGUCUACCUGUGUCCGUCAGACGCGUCGAUGGAGCCUUUCAAUCCUCGUUGUCGAGUGGUGGUCUCGUCACAGCACUAUCGGGACUCACCAAAUCAACCCAGUUUCGAUGGUUUGGCUGGCCUGGCAUAGAGGUGAAAGAUCCCGAAGAAAGAGCCGAAGUGGUCGAAAGUUUGGAAAAACACCGUGCGACCCCAAUCUUCCUGGAUAGCCAUCUAGCACACGAGCACUAUAAUGGCUUUUCUAAUCGCAUACUCUGGCCAAUUCUCCACUACACAUCUGGCAUUCUAUACGACGAUGGCCCCUGGCAAGCCUAUAAGCGUGUGAACGAGCUAUUCGCAGAUGCCAUUGCAGAGGCAGCAGAAAGCGGCACAUUGAUCUGGGUACAUGACUAUCACCUCAUGCUUCUCCCUGAGCUCCUUCGCAAGCAACUUCAAAUGCAGGGGAAGGGGUGCGCAAUUGGAUUCUCUCUACAUACUCCGUUCCCAGCAGGUGACUUCUGGAGAAAUCUCCCAGUCCGAAAGCACUUGAUUGAAGGCCUGUUGUCGAGUGAUUUAAUUGGAUUCCACACGGAUGAGUAUAAGCAUAACUUCAUUGAUACAUGUGCAAGUCUACUUGGAGCGCAAACUCAAAUUCCAAAUCAGAUUCAAUACAAAAACCGCCUUGUCUGCACCGACAAGUUCAUUGUCGGUAUCGACCCCCAAAAGUUUACCGAUACGUUGCGAAGACCCGAAGUUCAAGAGCGGAUCAAGUCACUUAAGGAGCGUUAUAAGGGAAUGAAGGUUAUCGUCGGAAUUGACAGAUUGGAUCAUAUAAAGGGUCUCACGCAAAAGUUGAAGGGAUUCGAUUAUUUUCUGGAUGAUCAUCCAGAGCUUCGGACAAAGGUUGUUCUCAUCCAAGUCGCUGUGCCAAGCAGAGAAGAUGUAAAAGAGUACCAGGAUCUUGAAACGGAGCUUUGCACGAUUGCGGGAAAAAUAAAUGGAAAGCACGCGACACCGGAGGGCACCCCCUUGUUAUAUAUGCACCGAUCAGUCCCAUUCACGGAGUUGACGGCACUUUAUUCCGUCGCCGACGCAUGCUUGUUGACUUCUACACGAGACGGCAUGAACUUGGUCUCUUUCGAGUACGUUGCGUGUCAAGAGCAGAAUCACGGCGUCCUGGUAUUAUCCGAAUUUGCUGGCGCAGCAGCAUUCAUGAGAGAUGGAAGUAUACCAUUCCACCCGGCCAACACAUCAGAAAUGUCGGAGGCUCUCUUCGCGGCGUUGAACCUUGGUGACGAGGAACGCAAGGAAAAGUUCGAAUCCUUGUGGAAUUUUGUCGCGACGAACACUAGAGAAACUCUCGCGCAGAUGCGGUCGACCUGGGGGCUCCUGUUGAAGCUGGCAAAAUGA